AUGACCGUCACAACCAGUGGAACCAAGUCGUGGUCGAUUUCGAGCGCGUUCAAAAGCAGCGAUAAACGUGUGGAAGGUAACAAGACUGACAGUAGCGAGAAGUUGUUGUCGCCAGCAGCCAUGUGUCUAGAGAUCCCACUCAGCUUGAAAGCUGAAAAGUCCGUCUAUACGGCCCGUGAUGUCUGUGCCCAAAUCAUCGUCUGGGAAGGACGACCGCUUGAUCGUCGUUAUCCCGAGCAAGCGUUGGAAUAUGCCAGGAAAUUGAAGGCCAGCUUAAGCUUAUUCCCGGACCUGGUGAUCUUGAUGCGUUCAUACUUUGAGAAACCGAGAACGACUGUUGGAUGGAAAGGCUUGAUCAACGACCCGGAUCUCAACGGCACAUUCCAGAUCAACAAAGGUCUCUGGAUCGCCCGGAAGUUGUUGCGAGAUUUGACUGAGUUGGGCUUGCCGCUUGCGGUUGAACUGUUGGAUACAUUCAGUCCGCAGUACUUAUCAGACUUCAUCUCGUGGGGGGCGAUAGGAGCCCGGACGACGGAGUCCCAACCGCACCGCGAGAUGGCCUCGGGCCGGCCGCAUCCGGUGGGCUUCAAGAACGGAACCGACGGCUCGAUCGGCGUCGCCAUUGACGCCAUCAAAUCCGCGGCCGCUCCGCACGCCUUCGUGGCCAUGAACCACGAGGGCGUCGCUAGUAUCUCUCGCACCCCCGGGAAUCCAGACCUUCAUCUCAUCCUUCGAGGCGGAAAUAAGGGGCCUAAUUACGCCGAGAUUGAUGUGGCUGAGGCGAUCAAGUCGAUCUCGAAACAAAUGCCGCUCAAGAAUCCUUCGAUCAUGAUCGACUGCUCGCAUGGCAAUUCCCAAAAGGAUCACCGAAAUCAGCACAAAGUCGUCCACAGUAUCUGCGACCAGUUGAAGGCUGGAAACCCAUUCAUCAAUGGGGUCAUGCUCGAAUCCAACAUCCAUGAGGGGCGACAAGAGCUUCCCUCCAAAGGGCCCGGAGGCUUGAAAUACGGCGUCUCUAUCACAGAUGCUUGCAUCGAUUUCGAGAACACUAUCCAAAUCCUCUGCGACUUGCAACGCACCGUCGUCCACCGUCGGAGUCUCCUCGACACCCUCUUGGCGGACGACAAUAAGACCCCCUUCGGGCUGCUUCCUUCCAUCUUCGAAUGA